GGAAGAUGUCUGGUCGUGGCAAGCAGGGCGGCAAAGCUCGUGCAAAAGCGAAGUCUCGCUCAUCCCGCGCUGGCCUGCAGUUUCCAGUGGGCCGUGUGCACCGCCUUCUCCGUAAGGGCAACUACUCGGAGCGGGUGGGCGCCGGCGCUCCGGUGUACCUAGCGGCUGUGCUGGAAUACCUGACUGCUGAGAUCCUGGAGCUGGCUGGGAAUGCGGCCCGCGAUAAUAAGAAGACGCGGAUUAUCCCGCGCCACCUGCAGUUGGCCAUCCGCAACGACGAGGAGCUCAACAAGCUGCUGGGCCGCGUGACCAUCGCGCAGGGCGGCGUCCUGCCCAACAUCCAGGCGGUGUUGCUGCCCAAGAAGACGGAGAGCCACCACAAGGCCAAGGGCAAGUGAGGCCCUGCUGGUCGUUAGAGCAACUUUACGGACACCAAAGGCUCUUUUCAGAGCCACCCCCAACCUCAUUAGGAAGUGCUGUACACUGAGCCUGUCGCCAGUUACUGGCCGGCCAGGAUCUCCCGACUCCUUUCCAUGCGUUCCGGCAUCCCAGUGCGACGCCUGGGGAGCUCAUGGGAGGCUAACGGCUUCGCCUGCGGUCAGUUGGAGACGUUCGAGUUUCAACCCCGCCACUUCAGUGUCAGACACAAGGUUUCAGUUAACGUUCGUGUUUGGACUUUAUUCUGUAGGAAUUCGCAUAAGGUUCUGGUUGGUAGACACUAUAGUGUUUGCUUCUACUGAAACAGUAAAUUGAGAUGCUCAAAUCAAACAUGAAGUCCACUUGAAUUAGGAUCAGUUUAACGCCUUGGGGCUUCCAAAGGUUUCUGAGGAGAGGCUUGGGUAUUUCAAAGCUACUUGUUUAUAUAAACGUUUUGUUAUAAGGCGAUUUACAACUUUGGAGUUUGCUGGUUUCUUUUGUGGGGGUGGGGAGCAGGUACUUAGAAGUAGGAUUACAGGUGAGCAUGGUGGUCCAGCAGGCAUUUGGAAUUAGUUAAUUGGAUCACUUAAGUAGCUUAAUCUUGGGAAACAAUAAUUUGUAUGAUUUUGGUAAAACUAGGUUUGAGAGUACAGCAGUGUCCUUUGUUAUAUAUAAGGAGAACGGCAUCACACUAAAUGUUUAGAGAGGACUGUGACUUCUACAGCAUGAAGAAUGGUUGGAGUUCCAGGUAAAUCAACAGGAGCAUGUAAGUGAGAAAGGGAGAAGAGGGUUAAAUGAGUUGCCUUUAAAUCCUUUAAAAUGUCACAGAAUCGGGCCUCUUUUCCCUGUUAACUGCUGCACGCUAUUUAAAUUUUAGCAAUACAGGUCAUCAAGACAAUUAUAUAAUAUUAUAUAAUUUAUAUUCUACCAAAACUGGAUCUGUUCAAGCCUGGCUCCUCAGACACCAUCUAUAACUACAAGUCUGCUUAUAAACUACCAACGUCUCAACCCAUUUGCCUAAGGAUAGGCAAUUUCCUUAACAGUGAGUCUCAACACAACAGUGAAAACUGCACAUAGAUUAUACAUUUGCAAAUCCUGGUCUCAGUAAAAUAAAGCCAGAGGGUUGGACCCCCAGA